AGGUUGGACUGAAACUACCAAUGUAAGGCUAGCUUGUAGGAUUCAGGAGCUUCAAGUGUAAAAAUGGCCACCUCCAUGUUAAAAGCGAAAAGUAUAUCAGUCCCGUGUGCGCCCUCCGUGGUGGCUUGACUCUCCAGCAUCCGUUAUCCGCUCCUCCAGAUCGCGCCAUACGAAAUCGUUGGCGUACGUCGACCAACAUGCGAACUUCGAAGCUUCUUGCCGCCGUGGCCGUUGUAGAGCUGGCAGCUGCCGGUUUCGCAACCUACAAAGAGAUUCGAUCCGACACGGACAACUCGGAUGCUAUUACAUAUUAUGAGCUGGACCGCUCCGACACGCUCUUCCUCUACAUUCAAAUCAUCGCCGGCGGGGAUCAUCAGCCCCUGAUUGAGGACUUCAAAACGCUGGCUCGGAACUAUGGUAGCCAAAACGUGUCGGCGAUCCCUCGUGUCAGAUACGGCAACGACGACGGAUCGGUGGCCUCCGAGCCGGCAGAUGCGGAUUUGAUUCUUGAGGAUGUGGCAACGUGGGCGACGGUCUUUUCCGAAGUCUCUGGUAUCAUUGAUAUCCCUGUCAUUCAGGCUGGCUUCCUUGGAUUGUGGGGAGAAUGGCAUAGUGGUCACUUCUGCCCGGAGAAAGGGAUCUACGACACUCGAGAGAAUCGUGAGGUAAAGAAAGCCAUCGUGGACAAGCUUCGUGAGGUAGGGCCCAAGGUUGCCAUGCGGUAUCCCCAAGACCACAAGGCACUCUACGAUGGCGACCGCGGCGUGACCAUCCACAACGACUGUAUCUUCAAUUCGGGCCCCAAGGGUUACGACGGCGGGACAUUCCCAGUCGAAGACCGUGAAACCUGGGUCAGCUACACCAAGGAAGUCGCGUCAAACAAUACCUACGGCGGAGAGCCGUGCGACCAGGCUAGCGACUCGACCUUUGACUGGACCGACUUUGCCGAGGUGUGUGGCAGCAACGGACUCGAGGCUUACAUCCACGAGUUUGAGUUCUCGUACUUGAACCCUGGAAAUCCUCCUGCCUUCCAGCAGCUUUUUAACGAUCCAAGUUGGGCAGACUGUGUCGAUGACAUUGGGGCCGCUCUUGACUCGUAUCUGUAAUAUCAGACAGCUGCUCGGUUUCCGCGAAGGUGAAGGCCGGUGGUUGGUGUGUAUAUCGUCCGCAAUCGUGGUACUCUUGGGGUGCAUGCGCAUGAAUAUUCAUCAAUACUUGAAGACGCUGCACUCAGGCAGGGAACUCUAGCCACG